UGUAGACACUGAUGACCCUGUCAUAUUGAAAAGAUUUGAGAAAGAGAAAAGCAAGAAAGAGAAAAAAAACAAAAACAAAAUCAAAAUCCUUACCAAAUAGCUUCAUAGUGUCGACAUGGGACGCCAGGAAGAGCUUUUGGUUCAAAAAGUGUGUGAGAUGUAUGAGAAGCUUAUAUGCUUGGACUCUCUCAAACCCUCAAAGGAUGUCAACUUCCUCUUCACGCAGCUUGUGGCCCUUUGCAUGCCACCCUCCACCAUUGAUGUAACCAAGCUCAGCAAGAGUGUGCAAGAAAUGAGGUCCAAUCUCAUUAGACUUUGUGGAGAAGCUGAAGGACACCUUGAGUCCCAUUUCUCCAUCCUCUUGGUUUCUUCCUACCAAAACCCCAUUCUCCAUCUCAAGCUCUUCCCUUACUAUCAAAACUAUCUUGACCUCACCCAACUUGAGUUCUCCCUCUUGUCCGAGCACUGCACUUAUCUCCCUUCUCGGGUCGCUUUUAUCGGCUCUGGUCCCCUCCCCCUCACCUCCAUAGUUCUCGCCUUGAACCACCUCUCGUCUGCCUCCGUCCACAACUACGACAUGGAUGCCUCGGCCAACUUGAAGGCCCAUCGGUUGGUGUCCCCUGAUCCCAACCUCUCGAAGCGAAUGUUCUUCCACACAACCGAUAUAAUGGAUGUCUCUGAAGGGCUCAAGGACUACGAGGUUGUGAUCUUGGCAGCUCUAGUGGGGCUGGAGAUUAAGGAGAAGCUUGUGAUCAUAGAUCAUUUGGCGAAGUUCAUGGCCCCAGGGGCUCUCCUCAUGCUGAGGAGUGCUCAUGGUGCCCGAGGGUUUCUAUAUCCCGUGGUCAAUCCUCGAGAUGUCCGAGGGUUUGAGGUUCUCAAGGUAUUCCAUCCCACCAAUGAGGUGAUAAAUUCUGUUGUGGUUGCCCGCAAGUCGUCUCCAAUGAUUUGCCCUGCACUCGAUCGUAAGCCUUCAACUAUGUCAAGAUGGAAGCAUUGUUUUCCGAAAGAUGGGAAAAAUAAUGGAAGAAUUGGGUAUUGACGAGGGGAUCAAGCAAAUAGUACUUAGCAUGCAUGAUGAUCCAAACUCAAUUGCUCUUUUGAUCUAUACAUUUUCUAGUGAUGCUUGUUCUUGAUCUAUGAAAUUAGAUCUUUAUUUCUAUGAUUAUGCACAUUUGCAAUGUUGCGACUUUAAUUUACCCACCAUCCAUUAUAUGCGAUCCGUUUUGCUUUCUGUCUUUGAAUCUAUACUUUCAAGAAAUAAAAAAAAUACAUUUAAUCAA